AUGCAGACGCCACAUUGCAGGGCCCCCAAUCUCCUGCUCAUCCUUCUCGGCCCCAUACUGCUGGCUAUGGGCCGGGCCGCUAUGGACAGCCAAGCGCUGUACGAACUUGAAAAGGAACCAGCUUAUUGGGAUGCACAGGCCAGGGCAACCCUGGAUGCUGCGCUGAAACUCCGCCCUCGGGACCACCAGGCCAAGAACAUCAUCCUGUUCCUCGGUGACGGAAUGGGUGUGUCCACAGUGUCAGCAGCUCGAAUCCUGCGAGGUCAAAUGGAGGGCGAAUCAGGGGAGGAGACAAUGCUGGCCAUGGAUACUUUCCCAUAUGUGGCCUUGUCAAAGACCUACAGUGUGGAUAAACAGGUAGCAGACAGUGCUAGCACAGCUACAGCCUACCACUGUGGGGUGAAGGCCAACGCUAAGACAGUAGGGCUCAGCGCUAAUGCAGUGGCCUAUGAGUGUAACACCACCUUUGGCAAUGAGGUCUACUCAGUACUACGGCGUGCUAAAGCACAAGGUAAAUCAGUUGGCAUAGUGACCACCACCCGUGUCCAGCAUGCCUCCCCAGCCGCUGCUUAUGCUCACUCUGUCAGUCGCAGUUGGUACAGUGACGCAGAUCUUCCGUCUAGCGCCCGCAGGCAGGGAUGUGUCGACAUUGCAACCCAGCUGGUCACUAACGUUGACAUUGAUGUGAUUCUGGGGGGAGGGAGGAUGUACAUGACACCAAAAGGAACCCCAGACCCUGAGUACCCUACCUCCAACUCCCGCAAGGGGGACCGAAAAGACAAGAGGAACCUCAUUGAUGUGUGGCUGAAGGCUAAACCAAACAAGAAGUCACACUACAUUUGGCACAGGAAGGAGUUUGACGAGAUAAAUGUUAAAACUACUGACCGGCUCAUGGGUCUGUUUGAGCCAAAGGACAUGAGAUUUGAGGUCUUCAGGAACAGCACACGUGACCCCUCCAUUGUGGAAAUGACAGAGAAGGCCAUACAAAUCCUCAGCAAGAAUCCCAAAGGAUACUUCCUUUUUGUGGAAGGAGGAAGAAUUGAUCAUGGCCACCAUGACGGCAUUGCCAAACUGGCACUGACAGAAGCUGUGAUGUUCGACCGAGCCAUUCAUCGUGCUGCGCAGCUGACCAGAGAAUCUGAUACUCUCACCGUGGUCACUGCUGACCACUCCCACGUCUUCACCUUUGGUGGCAACACACCCCGAGGGAAUCCCAUCUUUGGUCUGGCACCAAAGAAAGCUGAUGACAAAAUGCCUUUCACCAGCAUCCUAUACGCCAAUGGUCCUGGCUAUGUCCACAUAAAUGGAACCAGAGGGAACAUCACAAUGGUGGAUUACUACGAUGAGGAGUACAUGCAGCAAGCUGCCGUCCCAUUGGAUGCUGAGACGCAUGGUGGGGAGGAUGUGGCCAUCUACGCCAAAGGCCCAAUGGCUCACCUGUUCCAUGGGGUGAAAGAGCAGAACUACGUGGCUCACGUGAUGGCCUAUGCUGCCUGCUUAGAGCCCUAUACGAACUGCCCUCCUCACCCCCACACCCACACCUCGAGCGGGAGUGUGAACGCACCCCAGAGCCUCCUGUUAUGCCUGCUUGGACUCCUCUUUUUGCUCAGAUGA